AUGGUGAAGAAGCAAGGAAAAGAUAGGCAUUCUUCAUCCAUUUCAGGAUUACAAAAUGCAACACUUCGGGAACAAAAUGUCGGCAGAAAACAUGCCAACCCGAGUUCAAUGCUGAAAAUGGAGCAUCUGAAGAGAUUGGCCACGUGGGCAGGUGGAGAAGCUUCGAUACCCUCUCUUGGAGCUCUUUUCGGACACCAUCUGGCUGCCAAUGCAGAGGCUGAGGGCGUUCCUUCAGAUCGUUCAAUCUUUUCUUGCCAGAGGUAUGAUUCGUGUCAUCAUGUCUUACCAGCCAUAUCUUGUUUUCCUUGAAGUGAUUUUAAACUCGCACACUUUCUGACCAAUCCACUUACCUUUUGCUCAUAAUCUUCUCUGACAUGGUGAAGAACCAAGGAAAAAAUAGCCCUUCUUCCUCCAGUUUAGGAUUAAAAGCCUGAUACUUGGUCACUUUUCAAAGAUUAGAUCAUCAGGACAGGCGUUCAACGACGCGAGAGCUGCCUGCAUUAGACAUACCCUACAUCCAAUAUCAUAGAAAUCCGAAUAUUAUUUCAUCGUACACAUUUUUCCGCCUAAGAUUAUCCAUAAACGUUGAAUUUGCGUGUACCGUUCAUGUUCAUCUAAUGCUGUCAACUGUGGGGACCCACCCGUUGUAAUAACUUUGCAUUAAGUAGCUAGAAACCUGUCGAAAAUUAGAUCAGCGGUCAUGAUUGGUGCUUUGGUCACCAGGUUGGUCCUCCUUUUGCAAGCUUGGGCUUAAUAUUUUAUCAAACUUUAGGUUUGCAAUACCAAAAUCUAUAUCAACAUUGGUUACCUGCGGUGAUGGAUUAGAAAUGGGAAGGUUAUGUGUUUCCCCUUCUUUCUGGCUACUCAUUGAUGUGAGUCUGCAGAUGGGUUCUUCUUGAGUAUGACGAAUUUGACUAGAAGAAAAUCACUGGCUAUAGAAGAUUGGAAGCCAUGAUUUGGUGUGUGGAAGGAUGUGUAUUGGCCAUGCUAGUUCUCGAGGUCUUUGUUUAUUAGUUUCUAGGAAUAAAAAUACGGGGCAUCUAGAUGACUCAUUCUGAAUGCUCGCAACAGUGAAGAUAAAUGGUCACUUGCUGCAAACAAGUAGAAAGCUAAAACCUGCAAGUGAGAAGACUCAGAGGUCUUGUGAAUGUGAACCCAUGGAUUCAUUUCGUCGAUGGAAGCUGAUUAUGUGUGUUCUUAGUUCAUUCUGUCUGCGGGCUUACCCUCCCUUUCAGAUAAUCUGUAUAAAUAACCCUGUUGUUUUUAUAUCCUCAGGUGCGAAACAAUUCUCCAGCCUGGCCGCAACUGCACCGUGCGAAUCGAAAGAAAUACCGCAACUGGGUCAAAAUCUCGAAGAACAUCUGGCAUUUCCCGGAACAGAAUAGUCUAUACAUGCAAUUUCUGUUCGCAUAGGAAUUCAAGAAAUGGUACCCCAGUGGGCCACGUCAAAGACCUAUUGGCUUCGAGACCUCUGCCCAGCGGUGGAUCGACGAGUGUAGAUUCGUGUUCCGCUGAGAGAAUUGAGAAAGAUUCUACCGUCAAGUCAGCCAGCCCUGCGCGGGCGGCGAGCAAUGUUCCUGCUGACGACUGUCCUCAGACACCAUCCAGCGGGGUUGAUGUCUGUCUGUCAUCGAAGCAGAAGAAGAAGAGAGAGGCGGCUCAAUCUGAAGCCGCUGGGCCUGGGAAAGACGGCGGCGUCUCCGGCAAGCGGCGGAGGAAAAGGUGGUCCAGUGUGAAGGAGAUCGCUCUGAGCGGUGAGCGGGAGAGAGAAGGGCGGAUUAGCAGCUUGCCCAUCCCAUUUCUUAUGUAA